CCACGCUGCUGUUUUCCAAGCAGAAGCAGCGUCUGCGUCUCCCGCGGCAGAUCAGCUUUUUAGACUCGUCUGUUUGGUGUCCUUGUCUUGGAUCCCACCCAUUUUUAAAGUCCAUUUGGGUUUCUUUUUUUUUUUUUUUUUUAAUCCUCCUUGGUUGUGUUGUUAUCGGUGCUGUUUAUGAGAGUGCGGCUUCUCCGAUGUUAUGGAUUGACUCUGAUCUUCUUGCUUUCCUUUCUAACUUACUCAAGAAAACGAAAUUCAACCCCUUCGUCUUUUCGAUACGACACUGCAUGUUUCACCCGGCCAGUUUCAAACCAAGCUGAUCCAUGAUGUGUUUGAUUAAUAUAAUAUAAAGUGAAAAGGACUUUACUGUUUAGCUUUGGGGGAGAGAGAGAGAGAGAGAGAGAGAGAGAGAGAGAGAGAGAGAGGCACUGAACAAGAGACGGUAAACGAACAGGAUUUAAAACGCUGUUUUUUUUUUUUUUGCGGAGCGGUUUUUGCAAGUAAAAAAAAAACAUUUAUUUUUGAAAAGUGAUGGCAGAGUGGGGAGCACGGUUGCUCCUCUCUCUUUCGUGUAUCACCUUUCUUUCUUCGGCUACCGUGGCCAGGCAGUCAGACAAAGCGUCAGGCCAGAGACAGUUCACCCCCUUCUGGUUCUCGGUGGAGCCUGUCGACACGCUGGCUGUGCGCAGCUCCCCUGUCUUCUUGAACUGCUCGGCCCACAGCGAGCCCCCGGCACGGGUGGAGUGGAAGAAGGACGGCACCUUUCUGAACCUGGCCUCUGAUGACCGACGCCAGCUGCUACCCGACGGCUCCCUGCUCAUCCCCAGCGUGGUGCACUCCAAACACAGCAAGCCAGAUGAGGGCUUCUAUCAGUGCGUGGCCACCAUCGACAGCCUGGGCACCAUCAUUAGCAGGGCUGCACGCCUCACAGUCGCAGGUCUUCCAAGGUUUAGCAGCCAGCCAGGAGCUUCUUCAGUAACCCAGGGUGACAGUGUGGUUCUGAACUGUGACGUCAAUGUGGACCUGGUGCCCUUCACUCGCUGGGAGCUGGACCAGGAGCCCCUGGACCUCGAUGAGAGGGUGUUCAAGCUGCCUAACGGCACCCUGGUCAUCAGCAACGCCUCGGAGGCCGACGCCGGACUGUACCGCUGCGUGGUGGAAAACGUUGGACCUGUGAAAACCAGCGAUGAGGCUGAACUUCAGGUUCUACCAGACACAGGCACAGAGAGGAGGCUGCAGUUCCUGAGUCAACCCGCCCCAGUGACGAAGGCUAGGGGGCAGGACGUGCUUCUGCCAUGUGUGGUGUCGGGGUCCCCUGCACCCACAGUUCGGUGGAUGAUUGGAGACAAGGUCAUCGAUGAAAGUGAGGCCAGGUUUAAGGUGGUAGGAGGCGGGAGUCUGCAUGUGAUGAACCUCACAGAGGAGGAUGCUGGGAUAUACAGCUGCCUGGCGGACAACGGCAACGAAACCAUUGAGGCGCAGGCAGAACUGACAAUCCAAGCUCCUCCACAGUUCCUCAAGAGGCCGAGUAAUAUCUACGCCUAUGAGUCCAUGGACAUCGUGUUUGAGUGUGAGGUAACCGGCACGCCCGCUCCCACCGUCAAGUGGGUCAAAAACGGGGACGUGGUCAUUCCCAGCGACUACUUCAAAAUCAUUAAAGAACAUAACCUGCAGGUUUUAGGGCUGGUGAAGUCGGACGAAGGUUUCUACCAGUGCAUGGCUGAAAAUGACGUGGGGAAUAUACAGGCCAGCGCUCAGCUUAUCAUACUGGAACAUGAUGUUGCCAUUCCAACACCCCCUCCCACCUCACUGACAAGUGCCACUACUGACAAUGUAGCACCAGCGGGCAGCCCCGGACCCACCCCCUCGGCCCCCCGGGAUGUGGUGGCAUCGCUGGUAUCCACGCGCUUCAUCAAGCUCACCUGGCGCCCGCCCGCGGAGCCACACGGAGACAACAUCAACUACUCUGUCUACUACAGCCAGGAGGGCGCCACCAGGGAGCGGAUUGAGAACACCAGCCGGCCAGGAGAGCUGCAGGUGACCAUCCAGAACCUCAUGCCUGAAACCAAGUACGUGUUCCGAGUGGUGGCACACAACAGGAACGGACCUGGAGAGAGCUCCUCCCCUCUCAAGGUGGCCACGCAGCUUGAAGUCCAGGUCCCUGGUCCUGCCCCUAAUCUGCGAGCACUCGCCACAUCUCCAACCUCCAUCACUGUGAGCUGGGAGAUGCCCCUGUCAGGCAAGGGAGAGAUCCAGAACUACAAGCUGUACUACAUGGAGAAGGGACUGGGGAACGAGCAGGAUGUAGAUGUAGGAGGACUUUCCUAUACCAUAAACGGGCUGAAGAAAUACACAGACUACAACUUCAGAGUGGUGGCAUAUAACAAACAUGGACUUGGUGUGUCCACAGAAGACGUAGUGGCCAGGACUUUUUCGGAUGUUCCCAGUGCUCCUCCUCAAAACUUAACACUGGAAGUGCGCAAUUCCAAGAGCAUCAUGGUCCAGUGGCAGCCCCCACCUCCUGGCACACACAAUGGGCAGCUCACAGGCUACAAGAUCCGCUAUCGGAAAGGGGCGCGGAAGAGCGAGGCGGCAGAGACCACGGGUGGCACACAGCUCUUCCAGCUUAUAGACGGUCUGGAGCGUGGCACAGAGUAUACCUUUCGUGUGGCUGCCAUUACUGCAAAUGGAACUGGCCCAGCCACGGACUGGCUUACUGCAGAGACAUUUGAGAGCGAUCUGGAUGAGAGCCGAGUGCCGGACAUCCCCAGCUCUCUGCAUGUCCGGCCGCUGGUCACCAGCAUCGUGGUCAGCUGGACACCACCGGAGAACCAGAACAUCGUGGUCCGGGGCUACGCCAUCGGCUACGGCAUAGGCAGCCCCCACGCUCAGACCAUCAAGGUGGACUACAAGCAGCGCUACUACACCAUAGAGAACCUGGACCCAAGUUCCCACUAUGUUCUGACACUCAAAGCCUUCAACAAUGUUGGAGAGGGGAUCCCAGUGUAUGAGAGUGCAGCCACCAGGCCGUUGUCAGACCCUGAGGUUGUUUUAUAUGAACUUUUCAAUGCUCCAUACACUCCAGUACCAGACCCUUCCCCCAUGCUGCCACCCGUGGGAGUGCAGGCGUCAGUCCUGAGCCACGACACCAUCAAGGUAACCUGGGCCGACAACUCCCUGCCCAAGAACCAGAAGAUAACCGACGCUCGCUACUACACGGUGCGCUGGAAGACCAACAUCCCUGCCAACACCAAGUACAAGACUGCAAACACAACAAACCUUAACUACAUGGUGACAGGACUGAAGCCCAAUACCCUGUAUGAGUUUUCAGUUAUGGUUACUAAAGGCCGUCGAUCCAGCACCUGGAGCAUGACGGCGCAUGGGACUACCCUUGAGACAAUUCCGAACUCUCCCCCAAAAGACGUGACGGUGGUGAGCAAGGAAGGGAGACCUCGAACCAUCAUCAUCAACUGGCAGCCUCCGUCCGAAGCCAACGGCAAGAUCACAGGCUACAUCAUCUAUUACAGCACGGAUGUGAACGCUGAAGUUCAUGACUGGGUCAUUGAGCCGGUGGUGGGGAACAGACUCACUCACCAGAUUCAGGAUUUAACCCUUGAUACAUCGUAUUACUUCAAAAUCCAGGCACGGAAUUCUAAAGGAAUGGGACCCAUGUCGGAGGCGGUGCAGUUCAGGACUCCCAAAGCUGAAUCUUCUGACAAAAUGGCUAAUGACCAAGCUUCUGGACCAGUUAAACCAGGUGGUCGCAACACAAUACCACACAGGGAGUUCGGCUCCGUUGGGAGACCCAGCCACUCAGGGAGCCCGACCCCCACUCUGGAUAACAACAUGCUGUUGAUUAUAAUCGUGUCUGUGGGCGCCUUCACCAUCAUCGUCGUGGUGAUCGUGGCUGCCCUCUGUACCCGGCGCACCAACUCCCAGCAGAAGAAGAAGAGGGCAGCCUGUAAAUCAGCGAACGGCUCUCACAAGUACAAGGUCAACUCGAAGGACCUGAAACCACCAGACCUGUGGAUCCACCACGAGAGGCUGGAGCUGAAGCCCAUCGACAAGUCGCCAGAGCCCAACCCUGUCAUGACGGAGACGCCGAUCCCCCACACCUCUCAGGACAUCCCUCCCGUGGAUACCGCCGUGGACAGCAGCAUCCUCCAACGACGCAACUCGUACCGCGGGCAUGAAUCUGAGGACAGCAUGUCCACACUAGCAGGGCGGCGGGGGAUGAGACCCAGAAUGAUGAUGCCUUUUGACGCCCAGCCCCCACAGCCUGUGAUUAGUGCUCAUCCCAUCCAUUCCCUCGAUAACCCUCACCACCAUUAUCACUGCGGCAGCCUGGCCUCCCCGGCACACAGCUAUCUCCACCAUCAGCUCAACCCACGGCCGCUCGCCAAUUCCAUCUCCCACAUAGACAGGGCCAACUCCUCAGAGUCGGUGAGGAACACUCCUGGCGCUGACCCUGUGCCGGUGGCGAGUCAGGCUGCCUGCAGUGUGGAGCACAUGGAGCCCGAAGCUAGCUUCCUGAGCAGCGUCCCUGAGGAGGAGCCCAGCCGCAACCCGCCCACCGCACACGUGCGCCCCUCCCACCCGCUCAAGAGCUUCGCUGUGCCUGCGGUGCCCCCCGCCGCCACCUUCGAGUCCCCCGCACUGCCCAGCACCCCCCUGCUCACUCAGACAGGGACCACACCCCAGAUGCACUCUGUGAAAACAGCCUCCAUCGGGACCCUGGGAAGGACCCGUUCUCCCAUGCCAGUCACAGUGCCCAGCGCACCCGACGUACCCGAGACCAGCAGCAUGCUGGAGGAUCCAGAGAGUGUAAGUACAGCAAUGCUUCAGUGCUGCAAGCCUCUCCCUGGCUCAGAUUCAGUCUGUCCCCUCCCUGUAUUCAUACUCACUACGGUGGCACAUCCAAUGCCCUGUGAAGUGGUACUCUUUGGGACCCACCCCUGUUUUGUUUAAUAAUGUGGUCCUCAGAACCACUCCCCAGUACGUUUAGAAAAACAGUAAAAAGCACAGUGGGUGACUCUCUUUUAAAUGUGUAACGCUACUUCACAAUAAUAUUACUUUUACUUAUGAAAUGUGGAUAUAUGCACAAUAUGAUUACAUCUGACUUUAUAUUGCAACUUUUUGGCACCACUGAAUGUUUGUAUGUAAACUGGA